AUUUAAUAAUGUCGCGGACUUUAAACCGAGUUUUCAACAAAGCCUAUCCAGUCGGGUAUAAUUUCAUAUAUUUCGUUGUAAUUUUAUCGCAAGGCAUUCUGGGAUGUCCUGCCGAACCUCAGAUAUUUAUAAUAUUAAGUUGCUAAUAGUUCUUUUUAUAUCUACCUAAAAGAAUUUUGAUCUUAGUUAUAAACAAUGCCGUCAUUUUGUGCUGCUAUAAACUGUGGAAAUAAGAGUGGAAAAAGCUGUAAAGAUAUUUCAUUUUUUCGUUUUCCAAAAGACGAAAAAAGAUGUAAACAGUGGGUCAUCAACUGUCGUAGGAAAGAUUUAGACAAAAAAGAUUUUGUACUUUUAAAUAAAAACUUUUAUUUGUGCAGUAAUCAUUUUGAAAAUACAAUGUACUAUUCUACUAAUAAUAAUGGAAAACGUUUGUUACAAUCAGCAGUUCCUACUAUUUUUAACAUUCCAAAUCCUCCUCCACUUCUUGGUUGCAAAAGGAAACCACCAGUUGAACAUUAUUCAGUUCCAACAAAAAAGCAAGUUGUUUGUUUACCUGUUAAUUCAGAUAAUAAUUUAGAGAACAAAAUGUCUAUUAAUAAAAUAAAUUUUAACAAACUUCAGAGGUUACUACUAACAUUGCGAGUCAAAAGUUCUAGAUUACGUAAACAAGUUCAACAUUUAAAAUCCAAACAAAAACCCCAAAAAAACUGUGAUGGGUCUAUUAAACAUAUUUUAAAUUUAUCCAGGAAAUUCUUAACACCUAUACAAGUUAGUUUUUUUAAAAGUCAAUUAGAAAUGAGUAAACGAGUCAAUAAAGGAAAACGCUGGGCAGUUUCUGACAAAGUUUUGGCUUUGCGAAUUCUGUUCUAUAGUCCUCAAACUUUUAAUGUUUUGCAAACAAUAUUUUGUUUACCGAGUCAAACCUGUUUAUUAUUAUUUUUGUCCCGUGUAUUUUCAGAUCUUCAAGAAGGGUUUUCUACUUGAUUGUUUUCUUUAUUAAAGUUACGUGCUGAUGCAAUGAAUCGGCUUGAUUGUAAUGUCAGUCUUGUUAUGGAUGAGAUGUCAUUAAAGCAGCAUUUAGAGUAUGAUAGAAAUUCUGACAGAGUUUACGGUAUAAAAAAUGAAAAACUUUUAAAUUAGGCUCUUGUAAUUAUGGUUAGGGGCUUGGCAAAUAAAUGGAAACAACCAAUAGCUUAUUUUUAUAAUAAUUCUACAGUAUCAACAGCUGACUUGGCUUCUUUACUACGGAAAACAAUUUCUAGACAAUUUCUAAGGUUCAAGAAACUGGUUUAAACAUUAGAUGUGUAGUUUGUGAUCAAGGAUCUACUAAUAUAGCUGCCUUACGUUUGCUUGGGUUUUCCAAAAAUUUACCAUACUUUCCUAAUCCCUCCAAUAAUAAAAAUAUUCAUGUUAUUUUUCAUCCUCCACAUUUAGUAAAAAGUAUCAGAAACAAUUUACGAAGACAUAACAUUGACAUUAAUGGUGAAAUUGUUUCUUGGCAACACAUCCAGUCUCUGUACAAUUUAGACAAAAUAAACUCUGUGCGUCUGGCUUCAAAACUAACAGAUAGACACUUGGACCCUGGUCCACUUUUAUCUAUGAAGGUCAAACUUGCUACUCAAGUUUUUAGUUAUCAGGUUGCUUCUGCAUUAUAUUGCUGCUCAAAUACAAAUUUACUUCCUUUGAGUGUAUUACCAACAGCAAGAUUUGUUGAACGCAUGGAUACUUUAUUCGAUAUAUUGAAUUCAAAUAAAUUAUAUGCAGAUAAACUAGCUCGUUGUGCUCUUACUUUACAAGGAGCCAGUAUUUCUCAGUUGGAAGAGUUAAAGUAUUGGAUUGAGAAAUGGAAAUUUUGUAAUGUUAGAAAUCAAACAAGUAUAUCAUGUCAGUAGGGUUUAAUUGUCACAAUUAAUAGUGUUCUAACCUUAACUAGAGAACUAUUUUCUGAAGGUUUUCAGUUUGUUUGUACUUCUCGUUUUAAUCAGGACUGCAUUGAGAACUUUUUUUCCAUUAUUCGAAGCAAAGGUGGUUGGAAUGAUCGUCCAAAUGUUAGACAAUUUCGAGCUGCCUAAAGAAACGCUUUAUUACUUUUAUCUGUAGAAAAAAGCAAAUCCAAUAGCAACUGUAUAAAGGACUCCAAUUUUGAAACAGCUUUCAAUCUAAAUGAUUUUAUGAAGUGUUGUAAUCAAACAACCACUAAUUGUGGAAUUGAUGAAAUAGAAAAUAACAUACCUAAAGGAAUAUCUUAUUUUCGUCCAGGAUCAUUUUUUAUGUUUACUGGAAAAAUUUUAAUGCAACCAAAAGACCAAUCCCUUUUACACAUGGCUGGGUGGAUUAUUCAAAAAGUUAAGUUACGUCAUGGGUGUGCAGAUGUACUCUUUAUUAGUUCAGUUGACAAUCCAUCAGCUUUUAUGUCACUAGUUCGUGAAAUGGAAACAACUUUUAUGAAAUUUAUUAAUAAACAUCUUGAAAGAAAUGGACGAGCCAUGAUGCUCAUCAAUAAAAUUAAAAAAAAAUGUCAUUUUCAGUUUUUGCACAAUCAACAUGAAGAACAUGCGCUUUAUUUGGAAAAUAACAUUGCUCAGUUUUUUGUUAUUACAAGAAUUUUUUAUUUCAUAAAAUUUUUAAACAGAGACAUAAACCCACGCAGUAAGUCAAAUGCAAAAAAAAUUGCACGUAUUCUUCAUAAUUAAUAUA